AGCGGUUCCUUGCCGCUCAAAAGGAAAGCUAUCCUCUGCGCGAGUCUUUGCAUAAUUGACGGAGUUCGCAACGAUGUGGCGACUCGAUCUAGCUGCGCUGCUUCUUGUGCUGCUGGUGCUGCUCCGCUGUUGCGUGUCGUGCAUGUCCGAGACGGGCCUAUACAAUCGGCCAAGUCGGAGCCAGCGCAAUGUGAGCUGCUUCCAGUGCAGCUGGCUGUCCGAGCAAUGGGUGGACGACGAGCGCCGCAAGGAGUUCUCCAAGCACUGGAAGGCCGCGUACGCGGACUCGGAGAAAUCCAUCCCCAACCCGUUCAAGUCGCCUCUGCUGGGCGCCGAGACGUUCACUCAGAUGCCCACCAAGGCCCAGCUGGCGGCACGUUGCAACAACUGCAGCAAGAUUGACGGUGUGUGCGCCCGCUGGACAUUUUACGGAGACACGGGUAAGCCGGCGAACGUGACGUGGAUGUGCGUGAACAGCCGACAGACGGGCUGCUUCUUGGAGCACGUCCCCAUGCACUUCACGAAGGAGGUGUGCCUGUGUGACGACAGGCACCACUGCAACGUCGCCACUGCGGCAAAGCCCGUGUCACUGCUGGUCGGGCUUCUCUGGGCGACAUGGGCCGUGGUGUCUGGCACAGUGCUCUCUUGACAUCGCAGACGAACAUGACCGAUGUACACGUUUCCUUAACUACGUACGGUAAAUAGGAAAAAAGAAAGCACAACAGAACCGAGACCUUUAAAGUGAAUCAUUCCUUGCCUCAUAUCAGGCACUUCGUGGUGGGUGUACAGGUUUCCGUUUAUAAACUCGUUUCGGGACUCGCCCAUAAAAGAAAUUAUGCAGACCCCACGCGCUGUGGGGUCUCCAUAAUUGCGGGCAUGCGAAACAUUUUUUUUUUUCAGGUAGCUGGGUAUCCAGCAUCGUUUCUGGUUCUGCAACACGUUGCCAGAUGGACCAACAUGUUGGUGCGAGACGAGUAAUUGUUUGCGGAAAUAUCGCGCUAUCCAAUAACGUGAACAAUAAAAAUAAAAAUUUUGAAUGUGGUUGACCAGCGAAGCUGCUAUGGUGGUAUAAAUUAUGCUGGUAUAGAAUUUUGUUGGUAUGUAACUAUACAUAUAAUUAUGUAUAUGUUAUUUAUGUGAAAUACAACGAAAUACAAAACCA